AUGUCUGUCUCGUCGCCAGACUCGGAGGCUCUUCAGUCGCCCUUCAUCAGCAUGUCUUCGGCGAGCUCAGAUCGCUCGGCUCCAUACUCCAACUCCCUGCGACCGAGCUCCAUCCAAAGGCUUCCCGUCAGCAAUAUGAAUCUCAUGAGCCCCAGUGAUAUCGUCGGCCCCUCGCCUGUUACCUCGAACGGAACUGAAACAACCGAGAUCGAGGAUGAAGAAGCGGAAGAGAGCGAUGCCCACAUCAUGGCUCAUGCAUCGUCUCCUCCACAGACUUCUUCUGAGCCGACAACAAAGUCAGAGCACACCAGCACUAAAUCAUCGCCCAAGACGGAUACCACCGCUCUGCCAACACAUGCGCAGGAGCAGCUCAGGUCGCCCACGUUCCCUCACCCCCCUCCCCUGACGACCAAUAUCAGUGCUGUAAGGUACAGUUUGGACAGUGCCACGCCUCGAGCUCAGGACCUGCAGGACAUGUUGAGCGAGUCUUCAAGACUGAGGUCAAGCAGUACUAGCAGCCUUGAAAAAAUCGAUGAGAUUAGGGAGACAGAUACCGAGGCUGAGCCUUAUGAGGAUGAGACCUUUGCAACCCCCGGUUUACCAAGAGAAGAGUCGGAGAUCAAGGCGCUCCGGACAGCACUCAGAGAAUGCUGGACGCUUUGCAACACGCUGGCAAACCUGAGCUCAAUUCAUAGAGCUCGUGUCUUCAACAGCUCAGGCCUUCCCGAUGCCCACGAGAAGGCAUGGAUGGCUUGUUGGAGGCUGUGCCAACGACUGUACGACAACAGGGACGAAGACAUUGUGUCUUUUAAUGUGCGCGAGAGUCUAGACCUGUGCCGCGAUUUCUGCCAGUCGCUGUUCGAUGUUCGGCAGAAGAAAGAAGAGAUUGCCGACUCGGUUCUCCGCGUAAGCUUCGAACUCAACAACCACCUAUACAGCGCCCAAGACAGCCGAAACCUUCCGGAGGAGUUCCGAGAGAGGACUCUGGACUUCUACAUAACCUUGUGCCAUCGGCUGAUGAAGCAACGGAGCGAGUUGGCAGAGGAGACAGACUCUCUACUCAAGGCCUGCUGGACUUUGGCAGAGAUGCUGUUCAGCUUGAGACAAAACAGACGCGACGGCAAAGCUCCCGAUGAGGAACUCUUGGGGUCGGCUGUACAGGCUUGCUGGGAUCUGUGCGAUAUUUUCCGAGACGGAUGGACUCAAGUUCGACCGGACCGCAAUACCCCUCGCCCGAGCCAAACAAGCUUCUUUGUCAACGAACAGCCCUCAGGGCGUGAGAGCCGCACCUCGAAUCGUUCCUCCUUGCAUUCGACGCAAAAGAGCCACAAAAGUCUAGUUGAUGAACGGCCCCGCAAACCACCUCCAGUUCCUGAGACUCCAGUUACAGAAUUCGAAGACACCCCGAUCUCGCCUGAAAGUCAGUCGCCCAGAGUGCCCAAUAUCCUUGUACUCGGCACCACAUCCGAAUCAGGCCGCGGCGGCAGGUGGUCUAGCAGCGCAUCAAACCUAUCGUCAUACUCCCAGUCCAGUGCCAAGACUUCGAGUACCGCAACAACGGCGACAGCUGGGGAAGAUAUAAAUGUUACACGCAUCAAAGCGUUGAUGCUGAAGGCAGCCAUGAAUGUCGGCUAUGUUCGCGACCCCACCAAUGACGGCAAGACUGGGACUGCAGCGCUACAGUCCUUCGUGAAGCAACUGCCUAACGGAUCGUUCGGAAACAUUCCCUCACAGGCAACACUGCUCCAAAAUUAUCGGAACUCCGUCCUUGGCGAUGCUGCUUUCAGAGGUCCAGCAGCUAUUUUACCCGCCAGGGGCAAACGGGCCUCAGCCCCUGAUGUCGCCAAGAGUGUCAAUCUCAUGGCACACCGGUCCUCACAGUACAUUUUCCUCAAAGAUUUGUUCCGACUCGUCUUUGGUUUCCCUAUUGAAGAGGCGGAGACAAGAAAGAGCGUAAGCAUCGCGAUCUGA